AUGGUGAAGAAGCGGAAGGCUAAGAACCAGGGCGGGGCUGGCGACAUGGACAUUGGCGACGCUGCCGUGACAUCCGCCACGGAAGCCGCUAAGGACGCCGCGACCGCAGGAUUUCCCGCCGCUUCAGCCGCCGAGGAAGGCGCUGCUGCAUCCGGCCAGGAGGCGGGAGGUCCGAUCGCUAGCGGCAAUGCAAUGGACACGAGUGAGACGAUGGGGUUCACCGUGAUCAAGGCUUCGGCUGAUGCAGCUCGCAGCCUACCCGCGCUGCCAGCCAUGCGGAAGAAGGGGGCACCGGAGCGACGAGCCAAGACGAGGAGGAAGCAGAAGCUGCUCGAUAAGGCGCUUGCGAUCCGAGAGAAGACAGAGACCAAGGCACAGAAGCAUGCCGCCAAGAAGGCACGCCACGCGGCGAGAAUGGCGCCGUCAGUGGUGGUGGUGGGGUCGCACGUGUGGGUGGAGGAUCCCGAGGAGGCAUGGGUGGAUGCCGUGGUGACAGCCGUAGAGAAGAAGAAAGUCACCGUCAGCUACAAGGGCAAGGAGGCCGUGAUUCGGUUGAAGCACUGCCAUCCGAGGGACGAGGAUGCACCGAGCUGUGGGGUGGACGACAUGACCAAGCUGUCCUACCUGCACGAGCCAGGCGUGCUGCACAACCUCUUCCUGCGAUACUCCAUCGACGAGAUCUACACGUACACGGGGAGCAUUCUGAUAGCGAUCAACCCGUUCUGUGCGUUGCCACAUCUGUACGACGAGCAGAUGAUGGAGCAGUACAAGGGCACUCGCCUGGGCGAGCUCUCUCCUCACGUCUUUGCCAUUGCUGAGGCAGCGUACAGUGACUGGGGAGAGUGGAGCCGGCAAGACAGAGACCACCAAGCUCAUCACACUUCAACUCCGUACCCCGUACCCUCUCCUCCCCACUCCUCUCCUCCCCCUGCCGCCCCCAUCCAGGGCGAUGGUGGACUAUGGUGCGAGCCAGUCCAUCCUCGUGAGUGGGGAGAGCGGGGCGGGCAAGACGGAGACCACGAAGCUCAUCAUGCAGUAGUACUCGCCUACAUGGGAGGCCGCGCCUCCUCUGACGGCCGUACCAUUGAAUCGCAAGUGCUUGAGUCAAACCCAUUGCUGGAGGCCUUUGGGAAUGCCAAGACUGUACGCAACAACAACUCCAGUCGCUUUGGCAAGUUCGUGGAGAUUCAGUUUGACCGGGCGGGGCGCAUAUCGGGUGCAGCGGUGCGCACGUACCUGCUGGAGCGGUCCAGAGUGGUGCAGAUAUCAGACCCCGAGCGCAACUACCAUGCCUUCUACCAAGUCUGCUGCGGUGCUUCUGAAGAGGUGCAUUGCGUUGCGUUGCGGUGCGUUGCGUUGCUGCAUUGUCUUGUGUUUCACAAUUGA